CUUCAUCUCUUCCUUCCUCUCUAAAAAAAAACCCGCAGUAGAUGCCUCCUCUGGCGAUAACCAGCGACGCUGGUGGAGAGAUUGAGAGGGCAACGAUUGGCGAGAUCCGGCGACGAUGGCAGAGAGAUCGAGAGGCAAGGGGAGGAGAGAUCGAGAGGCGAAGGGCGGAGAGAUCGACAGGCGAUGAUGGCAACGAUUGGCUAGAAAACCCUAGCCGCUUGCAGACCCCUUCUCCUCUCGUUUCUCACCGAAAAAUCAAAACACAGAUCUGGUCUUCCUCUCUGUAUCGGCUAUAACGGUCAAUCUGCGUCUCUUCUCUUAUAUUUCAUUCCAAUUCCACGUCUCUCCUCUCAAUAUGCUCACGAUUCUCUUCUAUUUUAUUCUGUUUACAAAUUUGGACUUGGUUUUUUUUUUUUUUUGCAGGUUUUGGAUUGAAGAAACGUUGGGUACUAUUCUUCAAACUGAUUAUCAGGAUUAAGGUUUUUAAAUGGCCAAUCUGGAGUUUGGAUGUGAAUAUAAAACUGGGGAUUGGUAGUUUAUUAAAUCUUGGCCGAAUGCAAAAUCUUGGUUUCGAAGAGGUGAUGUUUAGAUCUGGACAAAAAAAUAAACUGUGAAUAGCUAAAAAAGUAUUCAAGAAAAUUAAUUCUGAAAU